CCUGUCAGUGUGUCCGCGUGUGACGGUGUCAGCGUGGGAGACUCUGGACAGGCUGUCAGCUAACGUGACUGCGUGUGGCCGCGCGAGUGCGGGGUGACGGAUGAGCAGCAGCUGCUCAGGGCUGAGCAGGGUCCUGGUGGCUGUGGCUACAGCCCUGGUGUCUGCCUCUUCCCCCUGCCCCCAGGCCUGGGGCCCCCAAGGGGUCCAGUAUGGGCAGCCUGGCAAGUCUGUGCUGCUGUGUUGCCCUGGAGUAACUGCUGGGGCCCUGGUGUCCUGGUUUCGGGACGGGGAACCAAGGCUGCUCCAGGGACCUGAUUCUGGGUUGGGGCAUGCAUUGGUCCUGACCCACGUAGGCCACACUGACGAGGGCAACUACAUCUGCCGGACCCUGGAUGGGGCACUUUGGGGCAUGGUGACCCUGCAGCUGGGCUAUCCCCCAGCCCGCCCUGUAGUCUCCUGCCAAGCAACUGACUAUGAGAACUUCUCUUGCACUUGGAGUUCCAGCCAGGUCAGCGGUUUACCCACCCGCUACCUCACCUCCUACAGGAAGAAGACCAUUCCAGGAGCUGAUGACCAGAGGAUGAGUCCAUCCACAGGGCCCUGGCCCUGCCCACAGGACCCCGUAGGGGCUGCCCGUUGUGUGGUCCAUGGGGCAGAGUUCUGGAGCCAGUACCGGAUUAAUGUGACCGAGGUGAACCCACUGGGUGCCAGCACGCGGCUGCUGGAUGUGAGCCUGCAGAGCAUCUUGCGCCCUGACCCACCCCAGGGGCUGCGGGUGGAGUCUGUACCUGGUUACCCCAGACGCCUGCGUGCCAGCUGGACAUACCCUGCCUCCUGGCCCCGCCAGCCCCACUUCUUGCUCAAGUUCCGGCUGCAAUACCGCCCAGCGCAGCAUCUAGCUUGGUCCACGGUGGAGCCGGUGGGAUUGGAGGAGGUGAUCACCGACGCUGUGGCUGGGCUGCCCCAUGCCGUGCGCGUCAGUGCCCGGGACUUUCUGGACGCUGGCACCUGGAGUGCCUGGAGCCCGGAGGCCUGGGGAACUCCGAGUGCUGGGCCCCUGACGAAGGAGAUAGCACCUGGGACCCAGGUACACACGCAGCCAGAGGUGGAUGCUCGGGUCGACAGCCCGGCUCCUCCACGGUCCUCCUUCCAGCCAGACCCGCGGCCACUUGAUCACAGGGACCCCCUGGAGUAUGUGGCUGUGCUGGUGUCUUUGGGAAUCCUCUCUUUCCUGGGACUGGCAGCGGGGGCUCUGGCAGUAGGGCUGUGGCUGAGGCUGAGAUGGAGUGGGAAGGAUGGACCCCCAAAGCCUGGGUUCUUGGCUCCGAUGAUUCCCGUGGACAAGCUUCCAGGAGCUCCAAACCUAUAGAAGACCCAGGAGGGCUUUAGCAGAUUCUACCUAUAACUGUCUUGCUGGUGCAGAUGGGUGGACAGCUAGAACCCAGGCAGGACAGUAGACCUCUGUGGAAGGGGUCUCAGCUGGAAGCUGUGCUUGGAGUCCAUUUCUGGGAGGCCCUAUAUUCCAGACUUGCCAGUUGAAAGGUGCCUGGACUGCUGAUUUCAUUCCAGAGCUGGAGGUCUACCUGACAAACACGUGUAGAUGUGGAUGUCUGUAUCCAUGUGUGACCAAGAGUAUGUGAGGCAGGGGACCUGUGUGCUCUGCAUGUAUGCAUGUAUGUAUGUAUGUACGGAGGUACUUGGGGAGUGUGUGUAGGUCCUUCACUCUUGGCCUUACCUCUUGCAAGGGUUGUGAAGGUGCAAAUAAAGAGAGUGAAGAAGUUCUUGGCAGAUCACACACAGA